CAACCCUCUUCUUCUUGCUCCUCCUCCUCGUCUCGACAAAACCUAUGGAGAACAACGACGGAGGAGCAAUGACUAACGGCGUCGAGCAGACGUUAACAACCACCAAAGGACCUCUUAACGCCGUGAAGAAACCACCGACCAAAGACCGUCACAGCAAAGUCGACGGUAGAGGGAGGAGAAUCCGUAUGCCGAUCAUAUGCGCAGCUCGAGUUUUCCAGUUAACCAGAGAGUUAGGUCACAAAUCCGACGGCCAAACCAUCGAGUGGCUUCUCCGUCAAGCUGAGCCUUCCAUCAUAGCCGCCACGGGAACAGGCACAACUCCCGCGAGUUUCUCCACCGCUUCUUCUUCCCUCUUCACUCUCGGAAAACGCGUCGUGAGAGCCGAGGAGGAGGGAGAAUCAGGCGUUGGAGGAGGAAGAGAGUUAACGGUUGGACCUACGAUGGGAGCUUCGGUGAUGAGUGGCGGCGGUGGUGGGUUUUGGGCGGUUCCGGCGAGGCAGGAUUUCGGACAAGUGUGGAGCUUUGCGGGUGGAGCUACGCCGGAGAUGUUGUUUACACAACAGCAGCAAGCGGCUACACUCUUUGUCCGCCAGCAGCAGCAGCAACAGCAACAACAAGCUUCGGCAGCUGUGGCUGCAAUGGGUGAGGCUUCAGCAGCUAGAGUGGGGAAUUAUCUGCCAGGUCAUCAUCUUAAUCUGCUGGCUUCUUUGUCGGGUGGGAGUCCCGGGUCGGGUCGAAGGGAAGAGGAUGACUCACGUUGAGAAAAAGGUUUCAUCUUUUUGUGCUCUUUGAGUAGGGAUAUUUUGGGUAAUGAUGUAUAGUAAACUCAUAUGUUUUAUUGUGUCAUCGAGAGUGGUCAGAGACUACUUUAGUUUGUGUCAUUUAUGCUAAAAAUUUUAGUUGAGUUUUAAGGUUAUUGCUUGUUUGAUUAGGAUUUAAGAAUAUUUGGUCUGGGAAUUUGUUUCUGAGAGAGAGAGAGACAGUGAGAACAAUUGAUUGAUUGAUUGUUGUUACUAAAGACGCCAUAAAAGAACAGUAAAAAUUCUUUUAUGGUCCUCAACAAUGAAGUUGAACCCACACGAAUUAUAUUGACAUCUCACAGGUCAGUCCUGUCAGAGGAUUGUAAUUCUGAAUGUUUCUCGUGACUACUAUGAAUGAGAACUGAAGAUAUGAAAACAAAAAGAAAAGUGAUUUUUUUUUUCUCUAAGUUUCUUGUGAACUGGUGAUCCUUCUCUUUUUUUUUUUUUUUGCUAAAUUGUAAAUGUCAUUGCAAUAAUGAAGGUUUGGUUACAU